AUCACUGGCUCAUUACCCAUCCGCCAUUAUUAAUGGUUCAUUUCUAUUUUCUUGCACUUUCAAGCAUACUUAGAAGUUUAUAUCAUACUCGUUAUUUUUUCACGAAAUCGAUGUUCGUAAGUUUGCGAAGUUUAAUUCAAUAAAUAAGGCAGUGUUAUUGAAAAAAUUCAGUUCUCCGCAUCCAGGAUGGCGGAAGAUUUUGAUGUAGAAGCUAUGCUUGAGGCCCCAUAUAUCAAAUCGAACUUUGUGGUAUUUGUCGAGCAUACUUCACCGACGUGAACACUAUGAGGUAUCCACUACUACUUAAUAUUUUUAUUCAUUACACUACCACUAUGGUAUCAAAUUGUUUAUAAGAUUUAUUUAGAAAAGUUUUGAACAAGACCAUAAGUUUAUGGGUCAUCAAUCUUUUGCAGAAGUAUUCCUGUGUGAUGUUAGCGCUGUGUGCAACCUUAGUCAGUGGUUUUGUAAACGGUAAGUUUAGAUUCGGCAACAGCUCAACCACCCACGGGCACACAGUCCUCAAAUAGUCCUGUGUAGUUUAAGACUUUCCAAACCUGAGUGUAUUUCUUUGAUAUGAAAUAUAUCAAAGGAAUGUCACUAUUUUGUAGCACAAUCAAUUCAAUUUAACUAAUGCAUUUUAUUUAUUCACUCGGCGUGUGUUGCUGUGGCGCUGCUUCUACCUUGUGCUUUGUGUCACAGGAUAAUUCGUCUACGAAGCAUCGAUCGGAGAAGUAUUCUGAUAAGCACAGGGACAGAGAAAAGGAUGGUGGAAGAAGACGCAGUAGGUCAAGGGAUAGAAGAAGAUCUCGUGACAGGGAAAUUCGUCGUUCAAGAGACAAAGAUGAUAAGAGGGAUAGAGACGACAAGAAAGACAGAGAUGACAAGAGGGACAGAGACCGUGACAAGGACAGGGGGGAGCGUAGAGACCGCGAUAAAGACCGAAGUUACAAAGACAAAGAGCGAGAACGUGAUAGGGAAGGGAGAGAAAGGGACCGCGACAAGGAUAAGGAUAAGAGGCGAAGCAAGGAAAGACAGAGAAGUCGGGAAAGAGAGAGUAGCCGGAGUCAUUCGCAUAAAAGUGAAAAGAGUAAAGAAGAAGAGCCUAGUAAAGAAGAAUACCGAUCAAAAUCAAGAGGUAUUGAACCAAAACUAGAAGACCUACCUCCCGAAGAAAGAGAUCUACGUACAGUAUUCUGCAUGCAGUUAUCUCAAAGAAUUAGAGCUAAAGACUUAGAAGAAUUCUUCUCAUCUGUAGGAAAAGUAAGGGAUGUAAGACUCAUCACUUGUAACAAGACCAGACGAUUUAAAGGAAUUGCAUACAUUGAGUUUAAAGAUGCUGAAUCUGUACCAUUAGCUCUAGGAUUAACUGGCCAAAAACUACUAGGUGUUCCUAUUAUUGUACAACACACACAAGCGGAAAAGAACAGAGUGGGUAACUCUUUACCAAACUUAGCACCAAAGGCAAGCAAUGGCCCUACUAGACUAUAUGUAGGCUCAUUACACUUUAAUAUAACAGAAGAUAUGUUAAGAGGAAUUUUUGAACCAUUUGGAAAGAUUGACCAUAUUCAACUUAUGACUGAUCCAGAUACAGGGAAGAGCAAAGGAUAUGGUUUCCUGACAGACAAAGUGAAUAAUACCGCGCACAUCACAUUCCAUAAUGCAACAGAUGCCAAAAAAGCAAUGGAGCAGUUAAAUGGGUUCGAACUGGCCGGUCGACCAAUGAAGGUUGGAAAUGUAACUGAAAGGGCCGAUGGUGGCUCUAACACUCGCUUUGAUGCUGAUGAACUGGAUCGUGCUGGAGUUGAUCUUGGUGCUACAGGACGGUUACAGCUCAUGUUUAAAUUGGCUGAAGGCACUGGCCUACAGAUCCCUCCUGCAGCAGCAUCAGUGCUGAUGGGUGCAGGCACUGCCUUAGCUGCACAACCACAGAUUACACCACCCAUAGCCACACAAUGCUUCAUGCUGAAUAACAUGUUUGAUCCAGCCACGGAAACAAACCCCAGUUGGGACAUUGAGAUCCGGGAUGACGUCAUCAGCGAAUGCAAUAAGCAUGGUGGUGUCCUACACGUGUACGUGGAUAAAGCGUCACCCCAAGGCAACGUGUAUUGCAAAUGUCCUACGAUAGCAACCGCCGUGGCGUCCGUCAACACGCUACACGGAAGAUGGUUCGCCGGUCGCGUCAUUACCGCGGCGUACGUCCCGCUUGUCAAUUACCAUUCUCUGUUUCCGGACGCCAUGACCGCUCUAUCACUGUUGUUGCCCACGCGGCAAAGAUAAGAAUUUGUUUGGAAAUGUGAUCCAUUGUUUAAUUCUAAUUUAAUAAAAUAUAUACUUAGUAUUUUA